GGUGCUUGCUGCCGCCGCCGCCGCUGCUGCUCCUGCUGCUGAGCGUGGCGCUGCUGGGCGCCGGCGCCGAGUCCCCGGCCGGGAGCCCCGUCCCCGCGCAGAGUCGCCCGUGCGUGGACUGCCACGCGUUCGAGUUCAUGCAGCGCGCGCUGCAGGACCUGCGGAAGACGGCCUACAGCCUGGACGCGCGGACGGAGACCCUCCUGCUGCAGGCCGAGCGCCGGGCCCUGUGUGCUUGUUGGCCAGCUGGGCGCUAACCACCCCAGCCAGUACUGUCUUCUGUCAAUAAACUCUGCCCUCAGCCUGCA